AGAUUGCAAUAUUCACCGACAACCGCGUCUUCUAUCUAUAAAUAUGUAACGCUCUUUUCUGAAAAUUCCAUGUUCAGAAAGUGUAAGUCUGAAAAAUCAUGAGGCCUUCUGUUUGGCAUUUUUAUUUCAUUUUCUUUGUCACAAUCAUCUUGCAGCAGGGAACAACAAAGGCCUUCUGGCUUGAUGCCCACGCAACUUUCUAUGGUGCUGAUCAAAGCCCUUUCUCUCUUGGAGGAGCAUGUGGAUAUGAUAACACAUUACACACCGGAUUUGGAGCAAACACAGCUGCAUUGAGUGGUGCACUCUUCGGACAAGGAGAGGCAUGUGGUGCAUGUUAUCAAAUUAUGUGCAACUACAGAGUCGAUCCAAAGUGGUGCCUCCGCGGUGCUAGUGUAACUAUAACCGCCACCAACUUCUGCCCUCCUAAUAACAAUGGUGGCGCGUGUGACCCCCCACGCCACCAUUUUGACAUGUCCUUCCCUGCCUUCCUCCGCAUUGCGCGGCAGGGGAAUGAAGGAAUUGUUCCCGUGCUCUACCAAAGGGUUCCGUGCAAGAGGAGAGGUGGAGGCCGGUUCACGUUGAAGGGGCAAGGGAGUUUCAAUAUGGUGAUGAUAUCUAACGUCGGUGGCAGUGGUGACGUCAAGGCUGUAUGGAUAAGGGGUUCGCGGACAAGGACGUGGAUGACCAUGCACCGCAAUUGGGGUGCCAAUUGGCAGAGCAGCGCCGAUCUCCGCGGCCAGAGCCUCUCUGUCAGGGUCACUUUGGCUGACGGUAAAACGUUGGAUUUUCUUAACGUUGUUCCUUCGAGCUGGAAGUUCGGACAGACAUUCUCUUCUCGGAAGCAGUUCUUUUAGCUUACUGCCUGAAGGAGAUUAAGGGACUUAUACAUACAUAUACCACAAAUAUUCUUAUUAUGUCCUAAAACCAGAGAUUUUUUGGUGUUUUUAGGACAGAUAAUUAUGUUAAUCUUCCAAGUUAAUAUUUUGAGAUUUUCCCAGUAAUUCAAGGGACUUCUCAUCGUCAUUGAAAUAAACAAUCUUGUUGUUUGAAGUUUUACUUAGUAAUAAAAAGAAAUGUGCCUU